AUGAAUUCUGAGAACGCUUUCAAAGUGGCCAUUGUUGGCGAUGCGGGGGUUGGAAAGAGCAGUUAUAUCAAAAAGCAUUUCGCACCGGAGUUUGACUGGCAAUACUUGCAAACCGAAGGAUAUGAGGUUACCAGAUGGUCUCAAACUAUGACAACUUGCCACGUUGAAAUAGACCUAUGGGAUGUAUCCGGCAGUCGAAGCAAGCUAUCAGAACGCCAAAAAUGGCUGGCAGGGAGUGAUGCAGCGAUUAUAAUGGUUGAUCUGGCACAGCCAACAAGUUUUGAAAAUGUUAUUCGCUGGCAUGAGGAGCUACUAUUGGCCAACCCGUCCGGUCUACCGGUUGUAGUAUGUACGUGGAAACCGCUACAGAAAGGCAAGCUUCUGAAUGUGGACCCGGAAACCCUUCUAUGGCUGGGUGAGACGGAGAAUGUACAGUUCUACGAUAUCGCCGCAGAUAUCUCUCGCUUUGAUCAGCCUAUAUUGUACAUUAUACGGAAGCUGCUGAAUGAUCCCAGUGCGGAAUUUUGGUUUCCCUACACCGUAUCGGAUGAGGACAUUGAAAUGCAUGACUGA